AUGCGUGCGAUAUAUCUCCUGCUUGCAGCUUUCGUCACUGUCGCGUCGGCUCUGACUUAUCGAGCCGCAGAUAUCUCCUCGCUCAUCGUAGUCGAAGAUUCUGGCGUCCAAUACUCUCAGAAUGGCGUUGGUAUGCCCUUCGAAGACAUCCUCGUCGCGAAUGGGAUGACCGCGGCGCGCGUGCGGAUUUGGACCGCCGGGCAGUACAACUUGACCUAUGGGUUGGCUGUGGGCAAGCGCAUUAAGGAUGCGGGAUUGACGCUUCACGUCGAUCUUCACUUCAGUGAUACGUGGGCCGACCCUGGUCAUCAGGCCAUUCCCUCAGGAUGGCCGACCGACCUGUCGGGACUGAACACUCAGAUAUACGAGCAAAGCGUUGUACAAGCGUUCGCAGAUCAAGAGACGCCUAUCGACAUUCUCCAGGUCGGGAAUGAGAUUAACAACGGGUUGUUGUGGCCCGUCGGCGAGAUCUCGGUCAAUGGCUUCGACGGCCUUUCCCAGCUAUUGAACUCAGCUGCCCACGGUGGUCUCUCAGCGGGCACGCCCAAGAUCCUGAUACACCUUGCCAACGGCUGGGAUUGGUCGGACCUGCAGUACUUCUGGGAAGGUGUCUUUGGUAUCCAGGGCGCGCUGACACCGUCGGAAGUCGACAUCAUGGGCGUGUCGUUCUAUCCAUUCUACGGCACGAAUGCGACCCUCGCCAACCUGUCGUCUUCUUUGACGAAUUUGGUCAACGAGUUUGGCAAGCCUGUCGUUGUGGCUGAGACAAACUGGCCGGCCAGCUGUUCGGGCGUGACUCUUAGUGAGCCGGAAAUCCCUGUGUCAGUGCAGGGACAAGAGGAGUGGACGGGGGAUAUCAAGAGCGUAUUGACCAGCCUUCCCAAUGGGCUGGGGCAGGGAAUAUACUACUGGGAGCCUGGAUGGAUUGGGAAUGCUGCCCUGGGCUCGUCCUGCUCUGACAAUCUUCUGGUGGACAGCUCUGGAGCGGUCAGACAGUCCAUUGAUAUAUUCGGCGACGACAUGUGA